AGGCGAUUAUUUUAUCUAUAAGUCGUGUUUCUGCCGUGUAUUGAAUAGUGACAAAAUAGUGCUUAAUACACACAAAUUAAGUCCCGUUUUAAAGGGGCUUAGUAAGAUUUCUUAAUUAGAUGUUAUUAUUUAGAUUGUGAGGUUUUUUUUCCAUGUAAGACACCCCUGUCGUUAAUGGGUACUACUCCUAGCACUUCCUUGUUCAAAAGUUUUAUUUAGGGGAAGGCUUGGGCAAAAGUUGGUCGCCACUUUGGAUCUUCUCGACGUUGUUGUUUGUGUCGUCAAAUAUUAAGGGCAUGGAUCCCAUGUAUCGUACCUUUUGGCAUAAUUAGCAUGUAGCUACUGCAGUUUCCCCCAUGGCUGUAAUCAUUAGACGCUGGCUAACGUUGCACUGAGAGGCUCGGUAAAGAGGAAGAUGUCCACGGCUAACGUUAGCGAUGACAUCGGAGUGAAGUUUCCCUUGCACUCCGCAGUGUGGGAGAAUGAUUACAGGAAACUGGAAGAACAAAUAACGAUACCACAGAAUGACAUCGAGGCUGUGGAUCCCAGAGGUCGGACACCUCUGCACUUGGCUGUGUCACUCGGGCACCUGGAGUCAGUGAGAGUCCUUCUGAGACACGGCGCUGAAGUGACAAAAGAAAAUGCCAAGAACUGGACAGUGCUGCAGGAGGCAGUCAGCACCGGAGAUCCAGAGAUGGUCCAGUUAGUGCUUCAACGCAGAGACUACCUCAAAGCCUCCACUGCUCUGGGAGGAGUACCUGAGCUGCUGUCGAAGAUCCGAGAGUCUCCAGACUUCUAUAUGGAAAUGAAAUGGGAAUUCACCAGUUGGAUCCCUCUUCUGUCCCGGGUUUGUCCAAGUGAUGUUUGUCGCAUUUGGAAAAGUGGCGCCAGCCUGCGAGUGGAUGCCACUCUUCUAGGCUUUGAGAAUAUGACCUGGAUCAGAGGACGUAGAAGCUACAUCUUCAGGGGCGAUGAUUCAUGUGCGGAGUUGAUGGAGGUGAACCAUGAUGAUGCAGUAGUGGACACUGAACUAUUCAACAUCUCCCAAGAAAUGGAGGAUGUCACACUCGAGUCAAUGCAGCCAGCUGAACAGGAAGUUGCCAAAAGGUUAACUACUCCCAUUGUCAACACCUACUUGGACACCAAGGAUAUUGCUUUUGAGAGGAACAAGUCUGGGAUAUGGGGCUGGAGAACCGACAAAACUGAAGUGGUCAAUGGAUUUGAAGCAAAGGUUUUCAGUGUGAACAAUGUAAAUGUGGUAAUCAGGACAAGGACAGAGCAUCUUACAGACGAGGAGAAAGCCAGGAUAAAAAGUGAGAGGAAUAUCCUGGAGUCUCUGCUGGGGACCGUGGAGCAGCACAUCAGUGCACAAGGGGACCUUACUCUUGAAUAUGCAACUGCCACCAACCCCACUGCCAUCACUCCAGAGGAAUAUUUUGAUCCCGACUUUGACCUUGGAAACAGAGACAUCGGCCGACCCAUUGAACUAAGCAUUCGAACGCAGAAGUUUAAAGGUACAUUGUGGAUGAGCGAGGAACAUCCCCUGUCCCUGGUGGAGCAAGUAACCCCCAUUAUUGACCUCAUGGCCCGGACAAGUUCCCAUUUUGCACGGUUACGAGACUUUGUAACCCUCAAGUUUCCUCCUGGAUUUCCUGUUAAAAUAGAGAUUCCACUGUUUCAUGUACUGAAUGCCAAGAUUACAUUUUGUAAUGUAAAUAAGUGCAGUAACUCAGAGGAAGUAAACACAACAUCCUCAGGAGAAGAUGAAGAAGCUGCAGCACCGCCUCCGUUUCAGGUGUGUCCUUCCGUGUUUGUGGUGCCUGUCAGUUACCACCGCCGAGGGGGCAGCCGCCACACACCCAUCUCCAACAAUGACGAGGAGCUUUUGCAGUACGCCAUCCAUCAGAGUCUCCUGGAGUCUCGCAGAGUCCCGGGCCAGGAGGGGAUCUGGGAUGAUGCUGAUGGGGAAUUCACUGAUGUAAUCCCCAGUAGCCAGAGUGACAGGAGUAUCCCAGAGGGGGUGCUAGUGGAAUAUGGAGACACCUCCAGCCCUGCCAGCUCUGCCUCUGCCUCUAGCCCCGACUCAGACCUCCGCCUGGCCAUGGAGCUCUCCGCGCGAGCUCAGGAGGAAGAGGAGAGGAUGAGGAAGCAAGAGGAGGAGGAGUUGGAGAGGAUAUUGCAACUAUCACUGACUGAGAAGUAAAAGGAAUAAGAGGGAAUAAUAAUAUAACAACCUUUCCAGAUCCAGAAACAACCACCACACCUCAGUUUUCCUUCCUAACCACUGUAGUCAUCUAUGCAACAGCAGAUUUCUUUCUGUAACAGAUCAUCCUUGCACAGGUAAUAUCAAACUCUCGGUAUUCAAUAAUUUCCAAAAGGUAUUUUUGGUAAGAGCAUACUUCUUUAUAUAUUUCUAUCUCAGCAUAGUGUGUCUCCAUCCUCAAGCUUGAUUCAUGGACUCUUUGAGAUCAUUUUGGGCGGGUUCUACUUUUUAUUUAUUUACUUUCUUUUCCAAUUCAGAAUCACAGCAGCAACCGACAUGUGUUGAUCGUAUUGUCAUCCGGAGUGCGGUCGAAUCAGUGUAAUUAAGGUUCUAUGAACAACAAUAUUUGACUACUCAAGGUGACUUCAUAUAGUGUUGGCACUCAGAUGUGGCACUUAAGGUCCAGAAAGCUGCGGUUUUUUCUUUAUUUUCCUGGUACCUGUCGCCUACUGUGGACCUAAAGGGACAGAUUUGAGUGUUUUCACUGUGAAGUCUUCCUACAGAGUUACUUUGUUGGGGACCAUGGGCUCACUGAAUAACAGAAAUCUCAGGGUUUCGAUUUUACACAUUUUCCCUUCACUUUGGAAUUAGUUUGUUAAUCAGUUGUAAAACUAUCAGGAAUUGUAGCCUGGUAAAUGUUUCUUUGGUGCAAAAUGGUAUCAUUCAUGCAUAUCACUCUAUGCCAUGCCAAUAUUAAUUCAGAAAGUUGGGCUCAUUGAGUCAAAAGUUCAUAAGUAAACGCAAGUUCCUUGUACUUUGUGAAUGUACACUCUACAGAUGGGUAAACAAAAGCAUGUUGCUGUGAGAGAAACUUGAAAUCCGCUGCCUGGUAACAUAUCUUUACUGCAACAAGGAUAGGGGUUUAACUUUCCUGGCCUGAUAGAUAUGUUUUUCUUCCUUUUUUAAUACAAAAUUUUCUCCAAUUUCCUGGCGAGAAAGGACGUAUUUGUGUUAACUGUCACUGAGCAACUUCAAGCAUUAUCGUUUCAGUUCAAAAAUGCAAUAGCAGAGACCAGUCUGUCUGUGGAUUUACAGCCGUCAUGCAGCUUAGAAGCAGUCACACAACCAGUGUUGCAGAGAUUUUUCUGAUUCCUAAGGGCAGUCUGCCUUUUGUAGCCACGAACAACUCUAGACCUCUGAGCAAAAGGAAAGGCAGCACGGGGUCAAAGGUCAAGCAUGCCUGCAAUAUAUAGGAUUUGUUUUCUACAACAUGUGCCAACGGAUUGCUUUGCUCCAGUAACGCCUGGAGGGAGCGAGGAGUUGUGACAGUUUCAUGUGGUGCCACUCAGACUAAACUUUCUGAACAGAUUUUUUUUUUUUUUCUAAAUUUUGUAACCUAAAAACAUGAUAAAGAGGGUGAUGCUGAGUAACGUGCACUAACCACUAUAGUUGAUUUCACUGACAACCAACCACUUAUCAAAGGUCUCUCUGCAUUGCUGCGUCUGACUUUCAGGGGCUUCAGCUGAAAAACUACUAAUUAUAAUGAUCAAAUUGCCAAACUGCUGAACAGUCAACUUUAAAAAAGCCUAGCUUUGGUUAAUUUAAUGCAGAGCUUUGUGAUGCACCAUUCGAGCUGCAAAGUUGUUAUUUUUUUUUUGAUUUGUUUUUUUUUUAAAUACGUUAAAAUUUUAAGAAAAUGUGUUGGUUUCAAAAUGUUGUUUCUAAAAUAAAAGCACUUUAUUUCCAUGAGAACUAGAUGUGACUUUGUUGAAGUAGAUUUACAAUGUCAGGUGAAGUGUUAACCUGUCCAAGACAAGAAAAGCUUCAAGAUGUAUCAGCAGUGAAAGGAUUCUGUGUUUCGCUAGGAAGUUAUUUCAGUCCUAACAUCUGCACUCUAGAUAUAGCACAUAAUCAAAGUAUACUGUUGUACAAUUGGAUUGUGCAGGAUACACAGCUGCAGCGAAGGAGGAAUCUGUUCUAACAACAGAAUGGAUGCCAUUGUUGUCUACAUAGUAAGUUAGAAUGGGUGCCAUUUUCAAUGAAUCGAUUUCUAAAUGUACUACAUCUGCACCUAUGUAAUUUUAUUGUGUAGUUGUGUUUUCUGUUGUUUGUUCAAUCAACCUAGUUCACUGUUUGAAGUUCGUUUGUAGACCGCAUUUAUCACAGAAUCAAGUACAAAGCCGGAAACUGGCCAAGCUCAUCUGGCUGAUCAGUCACAGAACAAGAUGAUGAAGGUGAUUUUAAAAGGGAAAAUAAGAGCAAACAAAUAUACACCUACUUACAGCAUUCUCUUUAGUUUUAAAUGUAUUAUUUGUCACACAAGAAAACAAAUAAGUCUAUAGUUAAUUUCAGAAAAUUGAUGAGCAGAUUUCCACAUUUAGAGAAGAAAAUAUGAGUAAACUCUGGUUUAACGGAUGUAGAUUUAAGUUAUGAAAGCUCUCGCUUUGUAAUUCCACUUCAGUUUAUUUAAAGGCUGCGGGCGUCCAGGCUUCGACGGAGCUAAAAAGACAAACUCUUGGCUUUAAAAUCAAACAGACUACACCUACUUACAGCAUU